AUGAUUCUACAGAGGCUCUUCAGGGUCGCCAUAACUCGGUCAGCACCCUCAGUCCAUUUGUGGAGAAACACUGGUGUUACAGCAAUGGCAUUUAAUAUGGAGCUUAAUCCUGAACAGAAAUAUUUUGUGGAUGAGAUCAGAGAAUACAAAUCUAAAUGGCAGACAUCUGGAGGACCUGUUGAUAUUGGCCCAGAACAUCAGCAAUAUCUGGAGAAGGAGCUCUUUAAGCUUAAGCAAAUCUAUGGAAAAGCAGACAUGAAUACAUUCCCUACUUUCACAUUUAAAGGUCCCAAAUUUGAAGUCAUCAAUAAACUCCAGUCCUGA